UUUCCUUUCUCUCAGAAACAUUAAUAAGAAAAGGCUAAGAAGGAACUCUGGCUUGUGAUCUUCUCUCUGAUUCAGAGCGGUUUUGACUCUUCUCUGAAAAUUAGGGUUCGGUUUGCCGUCAAUUUUCAAAGUAUUUCGAAUUCUGGUCUCUGGGAAUUUUGUUAUUCUUUCUGAUCAUCAAACAAGAUCUAGGGUUUCAUUUCCAUUUCUCUGUAAAUCUGUAAAUACUAUUUCUCGAUUUCGUGUUCUUGACGUAUCGUCGUAUACUCUGUUUGUUCUGUGUAUACUACUUGGGUUGCGACUUGCAGGAAACUUUUGAUUCCUUCUGAUUUUCGGAAACAAAAUUAGGGAUUCAUUUGGUUUCCUUAGUAUUAUUGAUCUUAUGAAUUUGUAGUUUUGUACUUUCAGAGCUUUUGAUCAUGGGGGUACCGACAAUUGCUUUAUAUGCGAGCCCUCCUAGUAGUGUCUGCUCGACUCCGCACCCUUGCCAGAUCAACUCGCACGCUUUAUCGGAUUACGAGUUGAACCCUCGGCCGCCUUCUUCAUCAUCUACAUCGAUUGCCGGCGGGCUUUCCUGCCUCUUUUCUUCCCCUUCUGUGAGGCACGCGUCGAGCUUCACAGGGGGAGGGGAUGAAUUGGGGUCUAUAUGGCACGAGAGAGGAGAGGAAUUAAGUAGCUCCUUUAGUUUUUCGCCUUACUCUUCGUUGAGUUCUUCACUGAAAUGUAGAGACCAGAGUCCUGUAUCGAUCUUUCAAGGCCCAUUUUCUUGCAGUAGCGGUGGUAUUGCUUCUUCUAGAAGCCCGCCUAUGAGAAUUGCCCGUGAACGAAAUGGGGAUCAUCUGCAUUUACCGGCUUCUUAUAGAACCGGCAGCAAUGGAUUAUUCAAUGGUUUCGUCCGAAAUGCUUUGGGCUCUUGUCUGGACUAUGACUCCCCAAGCUUCCCGAUGCCAGGUGGUGGCCUUGAUAGAGAUUCUUCCGCUACCCUCGUGGAUGAAUUCACCUUCAAUUUGGAAGAUAAUUUAGCGGAGACUAGUUGCGACACCAGCGCCAAAGAGAUGCUUUUGGGUGCUCAGUUAAGACACAAGAUCUUCUACGAUGAUUUUGUUGUUAAGGCAUUCUAUGAAGCCGAAAAAGCACAUAGGGGUCAGGUGCGGGCUAGUGGCGAUCCAUAUUUGCAACAUUGCACUGAAACUGCAGUUUUGCUUGCUACUGUUGGUGCUAAUUCAACGGUGGUGGCAGCAGGGCUUCUGCAUGACACUCUUGAUGAUUCUUUUACGACUUAUGAUUAUAUUCUCCGGACAUUUGGGACUGGAGUUGCGGAUUUGGUAGAAGGGGUAUCAAAGCUAAGUCACUUGAGUAAGCUUGCUCGAGAGAACAACACUGCAAAUAAAACUGUUGAAGCAGACCGCUUGCACACCAUGUUUCUUGCAAUGGCAGAUGCCAGGGCUGUUCUUAUUAAACUGGCUGACCGUCUGCAUAACAUGAUGACUCUAGAGGCUUUGCCGUUGGCCAAACAACUGAGGUUUGCAAAGGAAACUCUGGAGAUCUUUGCACCAUUGGCCAACCGACUUGGUAUCUCAACUUGGAAGGAGCAGCUUGAAAACCUUUGCUUUAAACAUCUCAACCCAGAUCAGCAUGGAGAACUUUCUUCCAGGCUUGUGAAGUCCUUCAAUGAUGAGAUGAUCACUUCAUCUAUUGAGAAAUUGGAGCAAGCUCUUGAAGAUGGAGCAGUUCCUUACCAUGUCCUCUCUGGUCGACAUAAGAGCUUGUUCAGCAUUUACCGCAAGAUGUUGAAGAAGAACUUAACCAUGGAUGAGAUCCAUGAUAUACAUGGGAUAAGACUAAUCGUUGAGAAUGAGGAAGCCUGUUAUGCAGCACUUAGAAUUGUUCAUCAGCUAUGGCCUGAAGUGCCUGGGAAACUCAAAGACUACAUAAUCAAUCCCAAAUUCAAUGGGUACCAAUCUCUUCAUGCUGUGGUUAUGGGUGAAGAUGGGGUCCCGUUGGAAGUGCAGAUUCGAACAAAGGAGAUGCAUUUGCAGGCAGAAUUUGGAUUUGCCGCUCAUUGGCGAUACAAGGAAGGGGGCUGUAAAUACUCCUUAUUUGUGCUCCAGACGGUGGAGUGGGCCAGAUGGGUGGUCACCUGGCAGUGUGAGACGUUGGGCAAGGACCGGAGCUCGUUCCGUAGCAAUUCCAACUCCAUUAAGCCUCCAUGUCCGUUUCCUUCUCAUAGUGAUGAUUGUCCAUAUUCUUAUGUACCUACCUGUGGUGAAGGUGGGCCUGUUUUUGUCAUCAUGGUGGAGAACGAUAAGAUGUCUGUACAGGAGUUUCCAGCAAACUCAACUGUGAUGGAUCUGUUAGAGAGAGCUGGGCGGGGGAGCUCAAGAUUGUACCCAUACAGGUUUCCUGUUAAGGAAGAAUUAAGGCCUAAGCUGAAUCAUGAGCCUGUGAGUGACCCUUCACAGAAGCUGAAAAUGGGGGAUGUGGUGGAGCUGACUCCCGCCAUACCUGAUAAAUCCUUGACAGAAUACAGGGAGGAGAUCCAGCGCAUGUAUGAUCGUGACGUGCCCGUGUCGAACAUUGGGGUCUCCAGCAGUUUACAUUUGAGAAGUUGAAACCCAAUCCAUCUGUCUUUUAAAAAUGAUACACUAUUCUGAGUGACAAUUUCUCACCUAAUUGUUUUCUUGUAUAUAGGUGAUUACUUACUUGUACAGAAGUACAUUAUGGUUCUUGAUUGGGAAUCAGUGGUUAACUGGAUUCAUAGUUGGGCUGCA